CGCAAGAGUUUGAUUUAUCGAAAAAAUUGACCAACCAGUGAAUGUGACUCUACCCAGACGCAUGUUGAUUGACAGAUGGUUUAUGCCGCGUUAAUAUAUGUCGGUUGCUUUUAAAUCUUCUGCAAAAGCAACAAGAAGCAUAAUCGAAAUGAUUCAGUAAGCUUUCUUCCUCAAGAAAACGAAGAAAAAAUUGUUGCGAGAUCUGUAAGGCCUAUUCAAUUCUUCAUUGAAAGAGUAUCUUAGACAAAAUACGGCAUAUUGCUUACAGAACCAGCUAGGGAUUUCAAUGAAGUUCCUUGUGGCCGUUUAGAGAAGAAACUAUGUACUCAUCAGAUAGUGCCAAUCGCAUCUGCAGUUCAAACAAGCUCGUGUCGAACAAUUCAUUUUUUCGUUGUUGCAGUAAGCCAUCAGUGCUUGUCGACCCAGUGACAUUCAUGAACGGGCGAAGACUCACAUUAAACGUGAGUGGAUGCAGAUUUCGUAUAAACGAAUAUUACCUUAAGCAGUAUCCAGAAACGCUCUUGGGUUGCCCGGAUCGUGAAAGAUAUUAUGAUCAUACCCAAAAAGAAUACUUCUUUGACCGUGAUCCACAUAUCUUCAGGCACAUCUUUAAUUUCUACAAAUCUGGAAAGCUGCAUUACUCAACUCAAGACUGCCACGAGUCCUUCAUUGAUGAACUGAAGUUUUUUCGUAUGAAAAUUGCCGAUGUCAGCGCUUGUUGUUGCGAUUCCCUGAUCGAUCAUUGCUCAUUUGUCCCUGUCAAAAAUGAAUCCAAAAGCGUGGAGGAAACGACAGAAGACAAUCCAAGAGCACCAGUGACAAUCAGAGAAAAGGUUUGGUUGUUUGUCGAAGAUCCCCAGUCAUCAUUAGCAGCGAAGGUGUGUUACUAUUUUAGCUGUGCAGUGAUCAUAAUCAGUGUUGCUGUAAACACAUGGGAAACAGUUCCUGUGGGAAAUGGCAAAACAUAUGGAGAAAUGUACCCCAAAGUUUUCUUCGCUAUCGAUUCGGCAUGUGUCACAGUUUUUACAACUGAAUAUAUCAUACGUCUGUACGCGGCACCCAGUCGUUGGAGGCAUGCAAAACAAGUCAUGACAAUGAUUGACCUUGCUGCAAUCCUUCCAUACUUCGUUGAUUUGUCCAUGAAGAUAUUCUCUCAAGGAUCUAGUGGCAGCCUUCCAGUUGUCAAUGCCUUAGUCAUGCUACGUGUUUUGAGGAUCUUCCGUAUCUUCAAACUUGCUCGUCAUUCAAAGAGACUUCGAGCGUUAAGCGAUUCCAUACGAAAGUCAGCCUCUGAGUUAGGCUUUAUUUUGUUUACAUACCUCAUCGUUGUUGUCCUGUUUGCAAGCGUUCUGUAUUAUGCAGAGCGUGGUGACGAACAUACCCGUUUCGAUGAUAUUCCCCAAUCAAUGUGGUACACAGUUGUUACUACAACAACAUUAGGAUAUGGUGACAUAGUACCAUCAACAAUUCAGGGAAAAUUGGUUGGCAGUCUGUGCUGUUUAAUGGGUGUCUUAGUUAUAGCGUUGCCGGUCCCUAUUAUCCAAAUGAAGACAAAAUCUUUGGCAAAGGAUUGAAAAAUACUUGCUUUUGACAAGUUCAAAAAAUAAACAAAGAUGUGGAAAAACACAAGCAGGCUUCUUAUGUCGAGAGGGUGUCUCUUCUGGGCAAUGAAAAAUUCAUACCUUGGAUUAACGGGAAAUUUUGUGAGUAAGUUGUCACACGAUUCUAAAAUAUCAAAACACUUCGGUGAAAUGUAAAUGCUAUCCAUUUAUCUAAAAAGGCAAUUCUAUGUAUAGAGUAAAGUAAACAUAAGACAAAAAAAUUAUCAAAGAAAAUAUAAAAAUAUUUGCACAUUAAAGAAUUUGUUAAUAGUUUUGCUUAUUAUCUGCUAAUUAUUUUAGCACCGUGUAAUCGAUGUUGCUAUCUGAAGUGUCUUCACAAAUUAUUGUCUUUAUCUCACGUUUGCGACUUAUCAAUUAAAAUAAAAAAUGCAGCAUAUCUUUUAUUUUUAACUGAAUGGUUAAAUUUUCUCUUAAGCUUCUUGGUAUCGGU